GUCAUAGAUCUGAUUCACAGCCUGUAACAAAAUCUGUUUUUAUUCCUCAAAUCAUUUUUUUGGUGUUAUUUUUUUGAUGAUCUAUUCCUUCCCCUCUCAGAUCAUGGCUAACUUUGACACGGUUCUGAAGUUCUGGGGUCCAGUGGAGGCUGACUAUGAUGCCUACGGCGGCCUGGUUCUGAGCCGUUUAUUCACAGAGCACCCAGACACCCUGAAGCUGUUCCCCAAGUUUGCUGGCAUCGCCAGGAGUGACCUGGCCGGUAACACGGCCGUUUCUGCCCAUGGUGCUACUGUACUGAAAAAACUCGGGGAGCUGCUGAGGGCCAAAGGCGACCAUGCUGCAAUCCUCAAGCCCAUGGCCAACAGCCACGCCAACAAGCACAAGAUCCCCAUUAAUAACUUCAAGCUGAUUGCAGAGGUCAUUGGUAAAGUCAUGGGGGAGAAGGCUGGACUCGACGCUGGCGGGCAGGAGGCCCUGAGGAACGUGAUGGCUGUCGUCAUAGCUGACAUGGAGGCCAAUUACAAAGAACUUGGCUUCACCGGCUAGACAUUCUAGCGCAAAGCUUUUUUUUUUUCCAUCUGCAAAAGCUGUGUUCAAAAUCAAAUGGUUUGAUUGAAAUAAGAAAUCACUUAAGACUAAAAACAUAAUAAAGUUUAGAAAAGGGAGAUUGACCCUGUUAAGCAUUAUUUAAUGUUUCAUGACCACAUACUGUAAACACUUAUCAUAUAUUGCCAAUAAAUCACAAGU